AUGAAGGGAUUGGUCGGAGGAAUCCCUCUUGCCCUCCUCGUCGCCGCCGUCGCCAACGGCCAUGGCGAGGCAGGACAGGAGGAGGGCCCGGUCACUUUGAUCGGUGGCCCCAGUGGUGACGACGGUGGGAAUAGUGCUGCUAUCGCGUUCGACAGCAGCUACAGUUCCAGUGUGAAGGACACCUACAAGGACGACCACUCCGUUGAUCUGAAGAACACUGUGGUCGUCCCCGCUCCCCCUCAACCUCCGGUGUCUGGUUUCCGCAAGAGAGAUGACGGGGAGACCACUUUCUUUCGCGGCCCUUCAGGGAAUGAUGGUGGUAACAGCGCGGAAAUCGAAUUCGACAGUGCGUAUGCUUCAGUCGUGGAGGACUGGUACAAGGACGAUCACUCGACAGACAUCAAGAACACUGUGAUCGCUCCCCCUCCUCCUCCACCUCAUCGUCGUCCUCCUAUGCCUGGUUUCCGCAGGCGAGGUGAUCCCGCAGUAACCUUCAUCAAAGGUCCAUCUGGCGAUGACGAGGGCAACAGCGCGGGAUUCGAGUUCGACAGUGCGUAUUCUUCUGUCGUGGAGGAUUGGAUCAAGGAUGAUCACUCGGUAGACAUCAAGAACACUGUGGUGACUCCACCGCCGCCUCCUCCUCCUCCUUUCCAUGGGUUCCGCAAGAGACAGGACGGGGACACCACAUUCUUCCGGGGCCCUUCAGGAGAUGAUGGCGGCAACAGUGUUGAUGUUGAAUUCGAUAGCUCGUACGCCUCCGCCGUUGAGGAUUGGUACAAGGAUGAUCACUCCGUCGACAUCAAGAACCAUAUCGUCCAGCCUCCGCCGGUUCCAGGUUUCCGCAAGAGAGGUGGUGGUGACACCACGUUCUUUGGUGGUCCAUCCGGCAAUGAUGGCGGCGACAGUGCUGGGUUCAAAUUUGAUAGCUCAUACGCCUCAAGUGUCAAGGACGCCUACAAGGAUGACCACUCUGUUGAUGUCAAGAACACUAUCAUACACCCUCCGCCUGUCUUCCACGCUCCCCAUGUCUCCCACCCUCCCCCAGCGCCGGGUAUCGACAGGAGAGAUGGGGGUGAUACCACCUUCUUUGGUGGUCCAUCCGGCGAUGAUGGCGGCAACAGUGCUGGAUUUGAAUUUGAUAGCUCAUAUGCCUCAAGUGUCAAAGACUACUACAAGGAUGACCAUUCAGUGGACGUCAAGAACACUAUCAUCCAUCCUCCCCCUGUCUUCCACCCUCCCCCGGUGCCAGGCUUCCGGAAGCGCGAUGAUGGAGGCUCUCACAUUAGCACUCCUGACUAUCAUGAGCAUGCUAACCCGGCUGUGGUCGAAGAUUUUGGAAAACCUACCAAGGACGGCGGAAUUACAUUCAUUGGAGGUCCCUCUGGUAACGAUGGUGGCAACAGUGCCGAUACCGAUUUUGACAACAAGUAUUCAUCUGAGGUCGAAGAUCAUUACAAGGACGACCAUUCUGUGGAUAUCAAGAACCACGUCGUUGCGCCAGCCGUGCCAAAGGGUUUCCGCAAGGGCGGCGACCCGGUCUUUUUCGAUGGUCCCAGCGGCGAUGAUGAAGGGAACAGUGCCGGCUUUGACUUUGAUGACGAAGUCUUCACGAAGGUCAACGAGCACGAUGCUGAUGACCAUUCUGUGAAGUUGGAGAACUGGAUCGUGCAAGCUCCGCCCCCACCCCCUCCCCCUCGUCCUCAGCCCCCUCGUCCUCAGGCACCUGGUCUUCAGGCACCUGGUCCUCUGGCACCUGGUCCUCUGGCACCUGGUCCUCAGGCACCUGGUCCUCUGGCACCUGGUCCUCAGGCACCUCGUCCUCAGGCACCUCCAGCUCCUUUCGCUGGCAGCCUAGAGCCACUAGAGCCACCUCACCCAGUGGCCGCAGCAACAAGCGAGCCAUGCAGCACAUCCACCUUCCUUGAGACCAUCAUCAAGACCCUUGCAGACGAGCCGGUGGCUACUAAGCCCGCUGCCCCAUACCGGCCGCCUGAGAAUCCUCAGGCACCUCCAGCUCCUUUCGCUGGCAGCCCAGAGCCACUAGAGCCACCUCACCCAGUGGCCCCAACAACAAGCGAGCCAUGCAGCACAUCCACCUUCCUUGAGACCAUUAUCAAGACCCUUGCAGACGAGCCGGUGGCUACUAAGCCCGCUGCCCCGUACCGGCCGCCUGAGAAUCCUCAGGCCCAUGUGCCUCAGCCAAAUACUCCAUCCGAUCCCGCCCAUGCCGUCGAGCCCACUCAUCCCGCCGAGGCUGUGCCAACUGGUGUCUCUCCCACCCACGAGGCGGAGGCUCCCAAGGGCCAACACAACCCUGGCUUCGAGAAGCCAGAGCCUUGCACCUCGUCGAAGGGGGAAGCUCAUCCCCAGCCGACUGCUCCUUCGUACCCUCCGCAGGGAGACCCUCAUGCACACCCUCAGGCCAGCGCCCCUGCUGAUCCCGGUCACGGGCAGCCUCAAGUCGCCUCGACUCCUUGCCCCACGGGCGGGCCUGGAGGUCAUCAACCUGAGCCUACCGCUCCUUCCCAACCGCAUCAACCCGAGCACGUUGACGCCAAGGAAGCUCCUCCCAAGCACGCGCCCACCUCGGCAGAGCCCCUGACCGCCAUCACGUCCACCAUCACCGUCAGCCACACCUCCACCUUCGCGGUGGUCCCCGUCUACAUGGACGGCAGCCACAAGGCCUCCUGCACAUCCGCAAACCACCAGCGUCCCAGUGACGUGGACCCGCAGGCUCACGGGCCUUCCUCGUCAACUAGCCAGGCCGCCAAGCCCUCGCACCACGCGGCUGCGUCCUCAGAGCCUAGCCAGAGCGUGAUGUUCACCGGCGCCGCGGGCCGGAUCGCACCCGCCGCCGGCGUCGUGUCCGCUGUGUGUGGUCUCAUGGCUGUUCUUGCCUUCGUGCUGUAA